GAUUAUGGAGGUGAAGAUUAGGCAGAAAAUAGAAAUAGAGUGAGAAGAGAAGAGAAGAGAAGAGAGACAGAGAGAGUGAUAAUUGUGAUCCAGUUGAAAUCAAUCAAAGAUGCUCCGAACAUGCAUACGCAUGUGUGGAAGCAGAUCAGAGACAGAGAAGAUGGGAAAGUGCGCGCGAAGCAUUUCGCCAAUCGCAUAAAAUCCUAUCGCAUUUCGCAGCUCCAAUUGGCGAAUCACAAAGACAUAGUGUCCCCUCACAAGGGCGCCGUCAACUCCCUUCAGAUUGAUUCGACAGAGGGAAGGUAUCUGCUCUCCGCCGCCUCCGAUGCCUCUGUAGCCGUCUACGACGUUCAACGAUCCGCCGCUUCCGAAGCCGCCGCCGCCUUCUGCAAACACAGGUGCUUAUUUGUCGUCGACAAGCAGCACCAGCAGGCCCACAAAUAUGCCGUCUCCACAGCCAUAUGGUAUCCCAUUGACACCGGUUUGUUCGUCACUGGCUCAUACGAUCAUCACAUUAAUGUUUGGGAUACCAAUACCACCCAGGUGGUGGUGAACUUCAAAAUGCCAGGAAAGGUGCAUAGGACUGCAAUGUCUAAUUUGUCAACGUCUCACAUGCUUAUCGCUGCUGGCACUGAGGAUGUCCAAGUUCGCCUUUGUGAUAUUGCUUCCGGGGCUUUCGCUCAUACUUUGUCCGGUCACCGAGAUGGUGUAAUGACUGUUGAAUGGUCUAAUUCAAGUGAAUGGGUAUUAAUUACCGGGGGAUGUGAUGGUGCAAUACGAUUUUGGGACAUCAGGCGUGCUGGCUGUUUCCAAGUUUUAGAUCAGUCUCAGACUCAGCUUGGAAGACGCCCACCUAUACUCAAACGAUCUAUGCUAACGAAGGAUUCAAGUGCAAAAUUGCGUGGUGCCCAAAAGAAACAUGCUAAUGGAAGUGGUAGCAGACAACAACCAAUUGGGAGAGUUCCAUCCAAGGGACCAAUGAAGCAGAGGUUACAUCCAGGAAUGCUGUCUACUCAGGAUCGGGCGACUGCUCAUUAUGGUGCUGUAACAGGGUUAAAGGCAACAGAGGAUGGCAUGUAUCUACUAAGUGCAGGAUCUGAUUCAAGAUUAAGGUUGUGGGAUGUUCAAUCUGGCUGCAACACACUUGUAAACUUUGAAACAGUCCGUCUGCAAAUAAAUAAACCUCUUCAAUUAGCCACCACUCAAGAUUCAGCCCUUGUGUUUGUUCCAUGCAUGAGAUCUGUGAAAGCAUUUGACAUGUGGUCUGGGAACACCUACACAGUAUUACGUGGCCACUAUGAAUGUGUGAACUCUUGCUGGUUUAAUCAACAAGAUCAGGAACUGUACACUGGUGGAAAUGAUAGACAAAUUCUUGUCUGGUCACCUGCAAGAUCAAUCGAUGAUGAAAUGGGUGAAGGACCUGCUGAGGAUCAGGAUAACUGGAGUAGUUGAGGAUUGGCUCCGUUUGUGUAACUACUUUUUCUUGUUCAUCUUCUGCCCCUUCUGAUAGAUGCUUGUUGGAGUUGUAGAGUAGGCUUGUUCUGGUUUUGGAGCAUAUGUCAAACGUUUUGAAGCACCAAACUGUAUACUAGUAGCCAUUAUUUGUGUAGAAUAUAACUUUUUUGUGUUGUGUAAAUUGAAUUGUCUCCUUGUUGUAAGUUGCAGCAUAAACACAUUUCUCAUAACGUUUUUGCUAAUAAAAAGUUGUGUACAUAUGUGCGGA